CAAAACCAGCUUCUAAUCUGCUUUUUCCAAACAAUCCGUUAGCCCACCGAAGCCUUCCCCGCCCGCCUUUCUUUCUCUCUUUCUGUCUCUCUUUACUCUCUUCCUCUUCUUCUCGAUCUCUCCUCACUGUUCCUUUCUCUCUCCGAAAUCGCUUUGUUUGACCUUCUUUGAGUCUUCCACCUCGUUUCUAUUACCGAAUUAGGGUUUCGAUCUGUUUUCUUCUUUCAAUUUCGCGCUUUCUUUGUGAUUGUGGUUUUUUGUUUCCCUAAAUUAUUUGCUUAGUUUAUUUUUGUUUUUGUUUGUGUCUCUUGGGGAAUCGAAAUGGUGGUUUCUCCGAGUCCUAAUGGAGCUUCGCCGCUGCCAUCUCAACCUGCUAAGAGGUAUGGAAUCACUAGACCUAUCUCCCUCGCAGGCCCCACUGAGGCUGAUCUUCAUCGAAAUGCUGAAUUGGAGAAGUUUUUGGUGGAUUCGGGGCUGUACGAGAGCAAAGAGAAAACUAUGAAGAGAGAAGAGGUGCUUGGUCGCAUAGAUCAGAUUGUCAAAGGUUGGGUUAAACAAUUGACACACCAAAGGGGCUACACGGAUCAGAUGGUGGAGGAAGCAAAUGCUGUCAUUUUUACUUUUGGGUCUUAUCGUUUGGGGGUUCAUGGUCCUGGAGCUGACAUAGACACCUUGUGCGUUGGGCCGUCUUAUGUGAAUCGAGAGGAAGAUUUCUUCAUUAUUUUGCAUGACAUAUUGUCCGAAAUGGAUGAAGUUACGGAGCUUCAACCAGUUCCAGAUGCUCAUGUCCCAGUUAUGAAAUUCAAGUUCCAGGGGAUAUCAAUUGAUCUUCUUUAUGCUAGUAUUUCUCUUUUGGUUGUUCCUGAAGAUCUGGACAUUUCGCAUGGGUCUGUGCUGUACGAUAUUGAUGAGCAAACUGUUCGAAGUCUAAAUGGGUGUAGAGUUGCAGAUCAAAUUCUUAAACUUGUGCCAAAUGUUGAGCACUUUCGAACAACACUUAGAUGUUUGAAGUUUUGGGCUAAAAGGCGUGGUGUUUAUUCAAAUGUUACUGGUUUCCUUGGUGGCGUAAAUUGGGCUCUUUUAGUUGCACGGCUAUGCCAGCUUUAUCCCAAUGCAAUUCCCAGUAUGCUAGUUUCUCGAUUUUUCAGAGUAUAUACACAAUGGCGCUGGCCAAAUCCUGUGAUGCUGUGUUCUAUAGAAGAAGAUGAACUUGGAUUUCCUGUAUGGGAUCCUCGUAAAAACCAUCGGGACCGGUUUCAUCAUAUGCCAAUAAUAACUCCUGCAUACCCCUGUAUGAAUUCUAGCUAUAAUGUCUCUAUAAGUACCCUCCGUGUAAUGAUGGAGCAAUUUCAAUAUGGUAACAAGAUCUGUGAGGAGAUUGAGCUAAACAAGGCUCAAUGGAGUGCUCUGUUUGAGCCUUAUCUUUUCUUUGAAGCAUACAAAAACUACUUGCAAAUUGAUAUUAUUGCAGCAGAUGCGGAUGAUUUGCUGGCUUGGAAAGGCUGGGUGGAGUCCCGGCUUAGACAACUUACUUUGAAGAUAGAACGGGAUACAAAUGGGGUGUUGCAGUGCCAUCCGUAUCCGAAUGAGUAUGUAGACACAUCCAAGCAAUGCUCGCAUUGUGCUUUCUUCAUGGGCUUACAGAGGAGAGAGGGAGUUACUGGUCAAGAAGGCCAGCAAUUUGAUAUACGGGGAACAGUUGACGAAUUUAGGCAAGAGAUAAACAUGUACAUGUUUUGGAAACCAGGAAUGGAUAUCUAUGUUUCUCAUGUUCGUAGGAGGCAGCUUCCUGCUUUUGUUUUCCCUGAUGGGUAUAAGCGAUCUCGCCCUUCACGGCAUCUCAACCAGCAGGUUAGUAAAUCAAAUGAUGGUGCUGCAACAUCUCGGAUUGGAUCACCUGAGGGACAUCUUAAGCGAAAGAAUGACCAUGAAGAGGUGGAUCUGAGGCCGGAUAAACCAGAGAAACGAGCCUCUAUAAGCCCACAAAGGCUGCAAUCUGUGUCUCCAGAAAGUAGUACGAGUAGGUGCGGUGGAACAUCUCUGGCCAACUUCAGUGAAAGGAUUAAAUUAGGGUGUUCAACUGCUGCAGAUGUUGACAACAAUUCUGAGGCUAGGUCAUGUAGAGGGCCAUCAAGCAAUGAAAACUGCAUCUUGGGGAAUGUGAUGCAGGUGGGUGAAACAGUUAUGGGUUUGUAUGAUCCGGCAGUGGUUAGGGGUGAUGUAGAGCCAGCUGAGUGCAGGAAUGAGGUAGAGCCAACUGAUCUGGCGGUUGAAACAAUUCUUAAGCAGGAGUUGCUUGAUCCAUAUGAAAUAUCAAGUUCUGAAAUUAGGAAAAUACAUAACGUCACAAAUGAGAACAGAAAUGGGGAUUUGAUAUCGGCUUCCUUGGAAAAUGGUUCUCCCAACAGACUGUUAAAAUGGGGAGGGGAAGUUAUAGAGGUUGAAGAGGAGUUAGUCAGACCAUGUAAUCAGACAGCAGUUGUAGAACUUGCUGAAAGCGUUAUAUGUUCAAAUACCAGUGCUCAGAACCUCAAUUGUGAGGGUGCUAUAUGUGCUGCAGAUUUGGAUUCGCUUCUGGAGAAUGGGUGUUUGAAUGCAAGCGGAGCAUUUCAAAAUAGCUUGCCAGAAGAAUUAGAGCCAAGUACUGCAAUUGGGAAGGUUGUAAAUUCUCAAGAUGGAGAUAGGUCAGAAUCUUUGCAGAAGCCAGUGAUAAGGCAUGCAUUUGAACCCUAUAAAUUGUCUUUUGUAAACCAUGGUAUCUUUAUGCUGUCCUCUUUUUUUUUUUUUUUUUGUUGGCUCUUGUUUAGCAGGUUGAAUCUGAAGUCAAAAGCGUAACAUUUUGGCAUCGGUCAUUUAAUGCGCUUCACAUUUAGAAAGGCGUGUCAGCAAUUCGGUAAGUGUCAAAAAUUAAUUGCUGGCUUUCAUGGCAUCGUACCAGGUGUGUGCACAAGCUCUAUAUUGUGGAGUAAGAGAGGAUCAAUAGUUCAUAGCAAUGUGCCUUGCUUGGUGAUUUGACCAGUCAUCUAGUUUGUGUUAUAGAGCACUGCUGAAGCUCUGGACUUCCCAGAAGCAUUGGAGACAUUCUUUGCUGUUAUUGAGCUCUUUUCUUUGUUCCCUUUGGGUGUGGCAGAACGAGUGAAUCGCAAAUUUGGAACCUAUUUGUACAUCAAACGAGACCAAUCAAGUUCAGUGUGGUUUGUGAGGGCAUUUGCUUUCUUUCUUUGUGCUUCUUUAUAGGCCUUUGUACACUAGCUCUUUUGUUCUUUUCAAACCUGUGAAAAUGUAAUCGAAUUGGUACACUUGUUUGGUGCGAAACAUUUGUGGUUCAAUGGCCAAGUUUUUCUGACUUGUGGCAGCAUGUGCUGUUUGGUUACUUG